AUGAGAGAAGGGGCUCCAAAUAUGAGUAUAGAACAACAAGAUGGUAAAAUAAUUGCAAAUAACUAUGGACAUGGGGGUAGUGGGUGGACUCUUGCUCCUGGAUCCUCUGAAUAUGUUUAUAAUUUACUGAACACUUCUAGCUAUGCAAAGGAUCUACCGAAAACUACCCCUGUGACUAUUGUUGGAGCUGGAGUUAUAGGGUUAUUUACUGCUUAUACUUUGCAUCAAAAAGGUUUCCAGAAUAUUACAAUUGUUGCAGAAAAAACUACUGGGUUACCCUCCAAUAAUGCUGCCGGAUUGUUAGCUCCAGUAUCCAUGGAUAAUGAUCCAGCUAUUCAAAAAACUAUUGAUGAAAUAGGAAUUGAAGCUUACAAACUUUAUGAUUCAAUAGCUAAAAAGAAACAUCCUCAUUUUAAAAAGGGAGCUAUAGCUGUUCCGGCUUAUUUUAGAACUCGAGAAGAGUCUGGAUUAGAACCUUAUGUAGAGGCUAAAGUAAUGCGACCAGCCAAAGAAGUCGUGCUUGAUUUUGGUAAUGGAACAACUCAGAAAAUGAUAUCAUAUGACGAUGGGAUCUUUAUCGAUACAGGUGAGCUUAUGCAAGAACUUACUGGUUACUUAAAAAGCAAAAAUGUUAAAUUUGUUCAGAAAAAAAUUAAUUCUUUUACAGAACUUAAAGAUAAAAUUAUCUUUAACUGCACUGGGCUUGGAUCUAAAGAACUGAAUAAUGAUGAUAAGCUGGGUAUCAGUACAGGGUCACUUGAUUAUGCUUAA